GGGGAGAUUCCUCAAUUCUCCCCCUUUUUUCAUGAUUAAGCGCAGCGACCGUCGGCGACAGCCGCACGAUGGACGUCGGCUUAGACUCCGUCGGCUGCAACGUCCAGUAGCAGCUACCCAGCCUUCCCCGUCUUCUGCUUCCUCGAUCCGGAGCCACACUCAAGGACUGACCACGUCGGCUAUGACCUGCGACAUCGACGGCGGGGAUGACACCAGUUACGGCGGAGGAAUUAAUCUGGCAGCAUUGAUGUAUAUAUAAUCCGGAAGAGCUCCGCCAUCCAUCUGCCAAGCUUGACGAAUUCCGAUUGGAUCCGUAAAGUCUCAGACAACAAAGAGAAUCGCGAUGGAAGCAACUUUGGAGGGCAUUCGCUCUGAGGAGAUGCAAGGACAGCAGGCCAUGUUUCUUGAUAAAUUGUGCAUUUGGUUUCGUCUCGAGUCAGGUGAACGCCCUUUGAAUUCGAUGAACUCCACAAAGCUCCAAAAUACUGCCUGCAAUUGACGAAGUGGUGACCGCCAAAGGCAAGCACGCACCAUCACUUCGUUGUUUCAUAGGUGAACUGCGCCCUAAAUUUGUUCAGACCAGAGGAUUUCAAUGGCUUUUCAGAGCAAGAAACUGAUCAACGACCCAAAUGACGUCGUGAGGGAGUUCAUUGAGGGUCUUGCAAAAACAUAUCCUCGGUUGCAGUAUUUGGAUGAGUUUCCCAAUGUUGUCUUGCGCGCUGAUGUUUUUGGUGCAAAAUGCGACAAAGUUGCUGUGAUAUCAGGAGGUGCAAGUGGCCACGAGCCUGCUCAUGCUGGAUUUGUUGGGCAAGGGAUGUUAGCUGCAGCUAUAUGUGGAGAUGUUUUUGCCUCUCCAAGUGUUGACUCUAUUCUUUCUGGCAUACGAGCAAUUACCGGUGCUAAGGGAUGCCUCUUAAUUGUCAAGGUAUCUAUCUCAAAAGAUUACAAUAUACCAUCUGGUAGCUUGGCUAUAGCAUUUGUAUUCCUAAAUUAAAUACGUGAGCUUAGUAAUACAGAGUAUUAUUUUAUCUUUUAUCCAGGUAAAUGUAAGAGGCUUUUUGAUUGAAAUGCAAACACUUGAACAUCGUCUGAAUUUGAAAUGGAGAACACUAUUUCCAACUGAAGGUGUUAUGUGAUUUUCCGUCUGUUGAUGAGAAGAAAUUUCUUUCCCAUUU